GGCCGCAGGUUGCAUCCCCGGCGGAGAACGAGCGUGCAGCCCGGCAAGCGCCCUGGCAGCGCCCAACGCAUGCGCUUCCUUCGACAGAGGUUUCGACAGAGGUUAAAAACUAUUGUUGAGCGCGCUGCUGGGCGAGGGAGAGCUGGAGAGGCACUGCCAGUGGGGAGGCUAGCCAUGGAGCCGGUGAUGCUAUUCCAGACUGACGGACUGGAGGAGGCCUCUGCCUGCUCUUAUAUAGCGCACACAGAGAAUAAUAAUACAUACCUAGAGAAAUAA